GCUGGUUGAGAUGGGAGACCCAUGGAGGCCCAAAUGGCAGAGAAAAGAGGGGAAGAGCGGAAAGGACAAAGGCAUAAGGAGCACGAGCGAGUUAUCCGCGUGUGAAUCAGUGAGCCACUGCUCUUCUUCUCCUCACCCACUGGUCCGCUUCGUUUUUCUUUCUUUCCUGUUCAUCGUUUCUGUUUGCUGGGUCUUUCUCUUCCCUUACUUCCCCAAAUACCAUAACCAACCCCAUUCAUCCCUAUUACCAAACCACCACUCAGCCAUAUUACCAACCUUCACCGCCAUCGCCGACGCCGACACUGACGCCAAGUGUCUUAUAGUCUGAGAAGCUUCCAGAGAGCGAGAGAGGACAAUCAAUCAAAUUCAAACUGAGACAAAACCCCAGAAACGCAAAUGAAAAUGAAAAAUUCCCAAAUCUGAAUGGAAGCCCUUUUCCCUGCGUACAGAUCGUCCGCUCACGCUUGUUUUCGGUUCCUCCGCUUCUCUCUCUUUUUUGCUGGGGGCUGAAUUUAACCGUAGAGAUAUUGAAAGCGCGCUCCUGGGCGCGCGGGCGCCUGUUAACCAAUAUAUAUAUAUAGAGAGAGAGAGAGAGAGAGGCGAUGGGAAGUUCGGGAUCCGGUGCGGCUGAUUGUAGUGUAGGACCGAUCGUUUGGGUGAGAAGGAGGAACGGCUCGUGGUGGCCGGGGAAGAUAAUGGGCCCCGAAGAGCUGGCAGAGUGUAAUCUCUCUUCUCCCCGAACAGGGACUCCGGUCAAGCUCCUUGGAAGAGAAGACGCUAGUGUGGACUGGUACAAUUUAGAAAAAUCUAAGCGUGUGAAGGCAUUUCGAUGUGGUGAGUUUGAUGAUUGCAUUGAAAGGGCUGAAUCUGCCCAGGGCAUGCCAACAAAAAAAAGAGAGAAAUAUGCACGUCGAGAAGAUGCAAUUCUUCAUGCACUUGAGCUUGAAAAACAGCUGUUGAAAAAACAAGUAAAAUCAAGUGCAACUGCUGAUCACCAAAGAAGUAAAUUAUCUGGGUAUACAAAGAAGGAUCCUGGCAUUGCUUCAGAAGGUUUGACAAAUAAUAGUGGAAAAACUGGAAAUGCCAAAUUGAAUACAAGUAUUAAAGAUGAGAUUAUUGGCAAUCCUGUUAAAGCCAAGGAUGGAAGUCAGCCAAUCUCGGAAGAUGAUCAUUCUGAAGCAACACCACGGAUGAGAGGAUUGCAGGAUUUUGGGCUCAGAACUGCUCCUUUAAAGCGAAAGCUUCCAUCAUCUGGUGAUUCAGAUGGUUCUAUGAUACCUAUGGCUGAUAAUCACUUUCAAUUUCAUCCUGUUGGUUCCCCUAACAUGGAAAGAACAAAUUAUGCAAAUGGAGCUGAUGAGAUGGGAGCUAUUUCCCGGGCAAAGAGGAGUAGAUGUGUUUACUUUCCUGCUGAUUCUAGUGAUUCUUUGGAUGAUAAAGAACUUACUCCAAACCAGAUUAAGAUGUUGCCUCCCAAGUUUGAGGAUAAUGAUGACCAUCCUCAUCAUAGUUCCUUGAAUGAACAGAACUCUUCGUCUGGUUUUAUGGAAAAUGUUGAAUCUGACUCUUCUGAAACUGACUCUUCGCAGUCUGAGUCUGAUUCUUCUGAGACUGAACAUGAUGUAACUGAUGAGAUGACUGUUUUUCCAGGUACUGUUAUGCCUACAGUAGCUGAACGGAAUGCUAUGAGACAACCUGAGGUGCCAGGAGAACAUGGAAGUGCAAGCAGUGAGGAUCCUGAUGAAUUAGCAUUUUCUGGUGAAAUGUCUCAUCUUUAUCCUGAUUAUCCUUUUCUUGCUAACGAGGCGGUGUCCAAAUGGCAAUUGAAAGGAAAAAGGAAUAUUCGGCACCUUACAAAAAAGUCUCUAGAUAGAGAUGGAAAAGUUUUAAAUGGUCCUCUUCAUGGAACCUACCAUGGGAUAAAGGGUAGCACUUUGGGUCAAAGAGGAUAUGGUUUUGAUGAUGCUGAUUUGGGCAGAAAAUAUAUUGGGACCAAAAUGGCUGGGCAGUAUAAUGGUCGUUAUUCAUAUGCAUCCAGGUAUGCAUCCAAAGGUAGAAAUAAUUCUGGUCAUAAUAUUAUUGAUUGGAGGGACAUGGCUUGGGAGGAUCAUCCUGCUUUUAAAGGACAUUGGGAGGACAAGGCAGAACACUUCAAUUCAUCAUUUUUUGGCCGUCAUCAUUUUGGUGGAAGGGCGAGAUCCAUGUUGGUAGAUGUGGAUUUAAAGGUCCAAGCGAGCUAUCAAAAAGAACUUGUUCCUAUUGUUUCUCUUAUGAGCAAGUUAAAUGGGAAGGCAAUAGUAGGGCAUCCAAUCCAAAUUGAAGCCCUGGAAGAUGGUUCAUCAGAAACUCUUAUUUCUGCAAAUGAUUAUCAUGGCACUGAAGCAGUUGACCAUGAUGGAAAUACUUCACUUCCACCAGCUUGGAGGACUGCUCGAAGGACCAACUUCAGGGUCCCACGCCCGCAUUUAUCAUCUGUGUUGGGCGCUGAGGAUGCUGCUGAGGAUCCUCCAUUUAUAGAUCAAGGAGCAAGGUUGCCAUUUAGGAAGUUAAGUAUAGGGAGUUUCAGUCACAAGGCAAGCUUGGCACAGAAGGGACUUCCCCACAUUUCUCGGCCUUCACUGGAUAGGAAAUUCCCAAGAAAGCUGCCGAAGAAAGCAAGUUUAUCAUCUAACCAAAAAACAAGAACCCUAUCCUCAAUUUCUGUUCAACAGAGUUUCGGUAAGCCCUUACAUUAUACUAGUACUAGUCAAAUGGAUGGGCAUAUUAAACCUGAGACAUCUAGGCCAACCACAGUUGCUUGUAUACCUGUUAAAUUAGUUUUCAGUAGGUUACUUGAGAAGAUCAAUAGACCACCAUCAAAAGCAGCAUGUAAAGUGGUUAUGUCAAAUGGGGAUGCAGAGAGACAACCAUCAUAGUUAACGUGUACAUUGCUAUAUGGGCUCACUAAUACUGCAGGUGCAAUAAUUGUUGCUAAUUUCCUCCUGACAAAAGUAAUCUGCACCCAAAGCAACUAUACAUUGUUGGUGUUGCCAGGGUGAGGAUUCUGUUACCUUUUUAUUGAACAUUAAGUGAAGCAGGUAACCAUGGGUGAAACUAUAUACAGGGAAGAUGUUUGACAUAUGGUUGUUAUGAUGUUUAGUGUUGCUGAACAUUGGUGUGCAAGUUACAAGGAAAAGCUUUCAUUUAGGAAGAAAAGAAGGUAAUGACUUGUUAUUACAGACUGAAGCCGGUAGUUUGAGAUUCAGAUAGAUAUAUGUACAUUUUAUUUCCAUAGGAGUUAAUGUUUUCAGGUUUUCUUUUUAUUUUAAAAAAAAUAUAUAUAGAGAGAAAUCUGGUGCAGUGGGGAUCAAUGUAGACUUUCUUUUUGUAUUUAUAUUUUCAUUUGAUCGAUCAUUAGAUGGACUGAUGAGAGCUACGGCUUACUGCUUUAGCCAUUAUGCUGCUGUGAAAUAAGUACCCUGUGUAGCCAUGGACAAAUAUGCUAUGUGAUGCACAAAGUGCUAAGCUCCCCAAAAAAAAAAAAAAAAAUUACAUAUUAGAAAUGAAGAAUUUAAAUUGUAGGUUA